AUGGCCUCUCUGGAAUUCAACCACCGCUAUGUAGAAAUUCAAGAGCAGCAUAACCCCUUGCUGCGGAGAUUAAGGCGAAAUGUUUAUUGUUCCUCCAGACGAGUUUGGAAAUUCUUCGUUUACCAUCUACCAAUUUUGAAGUUUUUCAAAUAUUAUAAACCCAAAGAAUAUUUAUUCACGGAUAUUUUGACAGGCAUAACCAUUGGGAUUAUGCACAUUCCACAAGCCUUGGCAUUUGGAAUGCUGACGUCAGUUAAAGUAGAAAACGGAUUGUAUACUUCACUGUGGCCGAUUUUGUUUUACGUCAUUUUCGGUACAUCGCCUCACAUUUCCAUGGGAACAAGCGCUGUUAUAUGCAUGGUGACGGCGGGCGUUGUUGAUAUACAGGCAGAUGUGUUUAAGUCCGAAAAUCAACAUUUGUUAAAUUUCUAUCUGGAGAAUGCUAAUAGUACCCUGCAAAAUGCAACCACGGUAGAAUGGACAGAUAUUCCGGAGUUUAUGGAUUUUAAGGAGAACGUUGCAAUGAAUAUUUCCUUGUUCUCUGGUCUCAUUCUCAUUUUAAUGGGAAUGUUCAGGUUGGGAUUUAUCACAUUUUACUUUUCAGAAUCCUUCUUUAGCGGAUUCACUUCCGGGGCAGCAGUUCACAUAGCAACGAGCCAGAUGCCCGCGCUUCUUGGAAUUGAGGUUAAGCGGUAUUCAGGGCCCUUCAAAAUAAUCUACACCUACAGAGAUAUAUUCCUUACCAUAACCAGAGUAACCGUUGCCACGAUACUCAUUUCCGUCAUUUGUAUCGUCGUCUUGUUUGCAGUUAAGGAACUUAUUAAUGAGCGCUUCAAGCAUAAGUUGAAAGUUCCCGUCCCAAUCGAGCUGAUCGUUGUGAUUAUUGUAACAGUUGUCUCAUACAUAUCGAAGCUGGAUGAGAGUUUUGGUGUCGCUGUUGUCGGGACGAUUCCGAAUAACAUACCCGCCCCUGUCCUGCCUGAUGUCACUGGGAUUCACCAUUACUUGGGCGAUUGUUUUGUUGUCGCAAUCCUUAUAUUCUCCAACACCAUCGCCAUGGCAAAAAUAUGUGCAAAAAAGCACAAUUAUGAAUUGAAUGACAAUCAGGAAAUUUUCGCAUACGGACUCUGUAAUUUUGCUAGCUCAUUCUUUAAAUGUUUCCCGUCUGCCGUGGCUCCUCCAAGAUCGAUGAUUCUGUCUUCCAUGAACGCUAAAACGACACUUAGUGGCUUAUUUUCAGCCAUUCUAAUGCUUCUGGUCAUUGUGGCUAUCAGCGAACUUUUCUAUUCCUUACCAAGAGCUGCGUUGGCUUCCAUUAUUUUUGUAGCUCUGAAAGGGCUAUUUGUGCAAAUGUUGGACGGAAGGAGGUUUUGGAAGAUAAACAAGUACGAUUUUAUCAUUUGGCUGUCUACAAUUGCAUCAGUCAUUUUCAUUGACAUUGAUUUUGGACUUGGCAUCGGAUUAGCGAUAUCACUUCUUACAGUUGUAUUUCAGAGUCAACGUGCAUUGGCUAAGCGAUUAAUAAAAUACAAUCCUAAUUUUAAAACAGUUCGAAGUAUCCAGAAAUUAUACUCAUUAAGACCAGUUAAAAUAUUUGUGUACAAAGCUAACAUUUUUUUCGCUAAUGCUGAAAUAUUCCGGGAAAAACUGUACUCGUCGACCGUCAACCCUAGGAAGUUUAUGAAAUUAUUGAAUAAGAAGAGAGAAAUCGAGGCCAGUAGGGACGAGUCUAAAAGUGUCAUUCAAAAUGGAGAUAAUCCUGUUAAGAAGAUAUCAACCAUUUCUACUGAUAUUGGGAUGAGCAAUACUCUGUCCGUGUUUACAUCGCUCUCUAUCGACGAUUCCCUAUCGACUCCAGGAUUUGGGCCAGACUCUAAUCAGAUUGACGUUAUGGAUGGAAAUGGCAUGCGCAGAAAUUCUACGUAUGUGUGUUUACCGCCUCCUUCCCACGCUUUGAGUCUUGGGUCUAUUGACACGCUUCAAAGCCUAGAUACAAUCGAUUCAGGAUUUAACGAAAUUUCACAUCCAAAGCAGCUCUUAUCAGAAUAUAAGAGGACUCGCGUCAUCAUCCUCGAUAUGGCAUGCGUGAAUUACAUAGAUGCUUCUGGUAGCAAUCUCCUAGUCCAUAUCUAUAAAGAGUAUUCGAAAUUAGGCAUCCGCCUCAUAUUUGCAGGAAUCUCUGAAAAUGUACACAGAACACUGAACCAUUCGGGUGCGUUUGACACUAUCUCAAAAGACGACGAUUUGUUUCUUGAUCUUACGGACGCCAUUGCAUCCGCCGACGAAUACUUGCUUCAAUCUGAAACGAACUCUAGUCCUCAAUCUCAGUCUGUCAGUUUCACGGACGAAGAGGCGGCGGAGGAAUCGUAUGUUGUGCACUUGUAGAGUCACGUGAUGCAGAUUUACUCUGGCCAUUUUGACUAUGAAUUGUAAGGACGUUUAAAACAGUAUACAAUGUUUUCAUGAUACUGCGACACUUACAACAGGUCCAAAGAUUUGCGUGUAUCACGAUCAUUUAUCAUUAUGCUGUGUAUGGGUAUUGUCUGAUGAACUUUGCCUUUAUUUGAUAUACUGAACAAAAUAGGACGGUAUACGUCAAUAUAUGUCUAAUAUUUUUCACUAGAAUUUGAAUAAAAGAAAAUAUUCUU